AUGAACGACUUGAGCUUCAACCAGGACGUCACCAGCCUCCUGGUUUCAACCGCCGAGCACCUCCGGAUUUUCAACUGCGAUCCUUUUGGCGAGUUCUAUGUGCUGCCCCGCGGCUCGGCCGACCGCGGCCCGCAGCCCCCUGCUGGCGCGGCGCUCGCCAGAAUGCUAUUUCUGACGUCGCUCACGAUCAUCGUGCCGCAAACCAGCGGCACCAACAGCGGCGCCGAAAACGACCGCCGCGUGUUGCAAAUCCACAACUUGAAGCAGCACGCCAAGAUCUGCGAGUUGGCGUUCCCCCUGCCGAUCCGCGACGUGCGGCUCAACCGCCGGCGGCUCGUUGUGUUCGUCGACGCCGGCCAGAUCUACAUCUACGACUUAGGCAGCGUCCGGCUCGUCAAGGUCUUGGAGGUGGGCGCGUUUGUGCCCGCGCAAGACGCGCCGGGCGGGCGCCCCGUGGUAGCGGCGCUCAGCCCCGACGACGCGUCGCUCUUGGUGCUCCCGUUGCAGGCCAUCACCGAGCACACGGACUUGCUCAACAGCCAGCCGGCAGGCGCGGACCUGGGCGCGUGCCUGCCCACGGACCCCGAGCUCCUUUCCGGCGGGCCGGCCGCCUCCAUGCCGCUUGGCCCGUGGGUCGAGCUCACGCACAAAAACGAGCAGGCCCGCCUUGCCAAGAACCCCUUGCAAAGCCUCGCGGACCUCCGGCAGGACCUGGGCGGCUGGGUCGUGGUCUACGACACCGUAGGCCUCCAGCCGCGGCUCGUGUACAAGGCGCACGACUCGCCGGUCACGCGGAUCGCCAUUUCCAGCGGCAGCAAGUACAUCGCCACAGCGUCGGCCAAAGGUACCAUUCUCCGCGUGGCCCAUAUCCAUGCGGAGGCAGGACAGGGGCCGGCGGCGCGAUUGCUGCUCCCGCAGGUCACCAAUCUCCGGCGCGGCCACCAUUCUGCGCGGAUCAACGCGCUUGCGUUCAGUUUGGACCUGGCGGUGCUUGGAUGUGCGUCGGAAAGCGGGACCGUGCACUUGUUCUCGAUGCGCUGCGCACACCCUGCUUUGACGACGCCACCCGAGCCUGGGGCCAGCUUGGAUACGUCCGCGGACAUUGGCGACGGCCCUGGCGACGAGCAUAGCGCGCGGCUCUCCUCACUGGAGGACUUGAACGAGAACCUCGCCAAUCUCCUCUUGCUGAAGGAGCCCGAGGCCCAGCGGGCGCGCCGAAAGCGCUCCAAGGACCAGUCGUACUUGUCGGCGCUCAAGACGCCGUCGAAGCUCAUCAGCAACCUGUACACGAAGCUGCUCGUGAAGCGGCUUCCCUACAAGCAGUAUCUCCUGAGCCUCAUCUGGGAGAAGCCGCGGCGGUCGUUUGCGUACGUCAAGGUCCCUGACGCCGCCGCGGGCCACUCACGGCCAAAGAGCGUUGAGAUCGGCUUCAGCGCCUCGGGCGUCUUGAUGUUGGCAUCUUACAGCACGGGGACGCUCUACCAGUAUCGCAUACCGCCGGCCGGCUCUGACGAGAGGACUGAGUGCACCCUAUUGCUCCUGAACACCUUUUACGGCGACGCACAGGGCGAAGGGCGGUCGGCGCCUUGA